CCAGCAGGAGGAGCCUGUCCACGCGCCCUAAAGCCAACAAACAUACGCAGUCCUGUCAGUGUGACAUGACAAGCCCACGCGAUCUGAUUAAAGAGCGCAGGACAGACAGGUGUUGUGAGGAUUGACUCAAACUGCGUGCAACGUUCUGAGCAGAGUGACGACGAGCAAGCUGAGGAAAAUAACAGACCUAUCACAAUGAUGACCAAACCUUUCGGGAAGGCUGGGGACGUGUCUGAGCUGGUGAGCUCCCUGGGCUGGCUGGACGACGACGUUAGCUCCGUGGACGGAGAGGACAGCUCGGACAUGAGGGGGCGCUGUGGGCUGACGACAGACGGCCUGGAGGGCUCCACGGAGCUCUGCAGCGACGACAUGGAGGAAGACGAAGAAGACGACCAGGAGAUGAUCGGGCCCAACGGGGAGGAGCUUCCCAAACGACGCGGCCCCAAGAGGAAGAAGGUGCCCAAAGUGAGACAGGAGCGGGUUCGCGUCCGGCGGGUCAAGGCCAACGCUCGCGAGCGCUCUCGCAUGCACGGACUCAACGACGCCCUCGACAACCUGCGGCGCGUCAUGCCCUGCUACUCCAAGACCCAGAAGCUGUCCAAGAUCGAGACCCUGCGGCUGGCUCGCAACUACAUCUGGGCCCUGUCGGAGGUGCUGGACAGCGGGCGCUCCCCGGAGAGCCUGGGCUUCAUGGAGAUGCUGUGCAAGGGCCUGUCUCAGCCCACCAGCAACCUGGUGGCCGGCUGCCUGCAGCUGGGGGCCACUCCCAUGAUGCUCAACCAGAUGGAGGACAAGUGUGGGGGCGUCCCGGGGGCCGGCGUCGGAGGGCCCCAGGCCGGGCAUCACCUCAGCUUCCCCUCCCCGGGUCUCCCCAGCCCUCCCUACGGCUCCCUGGAGGCCUCCCAUCUCCUCCACGUCAAGGGCUUCAAGGGCCCAUCCUACGACCACCCCUCCUCGGGCGAGUGCAGCGGCGGCAGCCCCCCGUACGACGGGCCCCUCACCCCCCCGCUCAGCAUCAGCGGCCAGUUCUCCCUGAAGCAAGAGCCCUCUCCCAUCGAGGGGGAGAGGACUUACACCGCCCCCCACGCCGGCCACUACCUCUCGUCCCACCACUACCCCUCCUCGGCCAUGGGGGGGCUGCCGGGGGGCCAAGCGAGCCACGUGCUCUUCCGGCCGUCCCGCUACGAGCUCCCACUGGAAAUGGCCUUCGACUCCUUCGCUCCGUCCCAUAUGGUCCCCUCGCAGAUGGGAGCCAUUUACAGUGAAUGAGCUCCUGGAUGAACUGCUACAGUCCGCUCCCGGGGGCCGUGAACACACCAUGAAAAGACAGAGUCCACAAGGAGACACAGAGAGAGAGACCUCAUCCCAGUCUACCUGAAGUAGAAAUGCAUCCAUCUUUAUUUUGGAAUGAUUAUAUAAGUUAUUUUGAUAUGAUGUUUUGUUUUGUAAACUUUUUGUGGUUGUUAUUUUGGAUAAUCUGGCCCAAAUCAGAUGUAAUACCCCAGCUGCACAGAUGUGGGUGUUGUACAAGACAACAGAAAGGCCUGAGAUCUGCAUACCUUCAGAUUGUGAAAGCUGAUCAAAAAAAGUAAUUUGAAGCAAAGAUUAAUUGUGCACUAAUUGUGUACCAAGACCUAAAGCCAAUGUCUUCCUGCCAUAUGAAGAAUACACAUCUAUUUAUAUCUGUAUUUAAUAUUUAUUUUGAUAACUAUUUUCCUCUCUUUAUUUUCUUCUCUUCACCAUUUGUUUAGCUGUCCUUUUGAUACCAGUCUUUAGCCUCUGGUAUCAAUAUGGAUGAUGAUGUAUUUAACUUAUUUAUUUGGGUGAUUCAGGUAUAUUUCUUUUGUUUUGGUAUUUGUUUUUUUAUAACAAUAUUUGUCAUGAUUGUACUGUUGUAAAUAUGUUGCUGUUUCGCACUUAAUUGAAUAGAUAUUCUUAUAUUAAAUACUAUUUC